AUGAAGAAUUUAAUUGUACUAAAUAGGGGUCAUAUAACUCCAGAAUCAAGAACAUACCCAGACCUUCACAUCAUAGACGCUGUAUUUGACACAGUCUCAGAUUCAAUCACAUUUGUCCUUUCAUCACCAGAAUCACAAAUUAUUGAAGUUCAACAAUUUCAUAAAGAUGGAUCUAUUGAAGUUUUAGCCAGUUUCCCAAUCUCUUCGGAAACUUUCCCUGAAUCUCAAGAGAAUAAAUUAUUGAAAUUUGUGCAUUUUGUUGAAACUUGUCAAUUAGUGUUUGUUUUCUCCCAUGGAGAUAUAAUUGUUGGAACUUAUGAUCUAAGCAGUGGAGAUUAUGAAAAUACAAUGAUUGAGAUUGUUGGGUCGAUAGAUAUAGGAAUAUUAGCUGCUAAUUGGUCAACUGAUGAAGAAAGUUUGGCAAUUGUAACUAGUGAAUAUAAAUUAUUAGUCUUGUCUCGAUUAUUUGAACCAAUUGUGGAAAAAACAUUAGAUCCAAAUGAUAUUAAGAUUACUGAUUCAAAACAUGUUUCAGUGGGUUGGGGGAAGAAAGAGACCCAAUUUAAGGGAAGAGGAUUCAAAGCUAGAGAACGUGAAGCAUUAAAACAUGCCGGAUUGAAAGAUGAUGACGAAGUAUUGCAUGAUCCCACUGUUAAUGAGAUUGAACGUGGGGUUAUUUCACCCAUGGAUAAUGGAUUAGUGAAGAUUAGUUGGAGAGGAGAUUCAGAAUAUUUUUCGGUCCUGACUAUUGAAGCGGUAUUGGUUGAGGAUACUGGAGAAAUGUAUGAUCGUAGAGUUAUUAGAGUGUUUGAUCGUCAAGGGGAAUUACAAAGUGUUAACGAGGCAGUUGAUGGAUUGGAACAUAAUUUGAGUUGGAAACCCCAAGGAGCAUUGAUUGCAUCUACACAACGUCAUGAAGAUGACGAGGAUGGUGAACCGGUGCUUGAUUUGGUUUUCUAUGAAAAGAAUGGGUUGAGACAUGGACAAUUCAAUACUAGGUUAAACCCAGACGUAGAAGUUAUUGAAGACUUGAUUUGGUCAUGUGACAGUGAAGUGUUGUUGUUUCAAUUGAAAGAUAGGGUUCAAUUAUGGACAAGUAAAAAUUAUCAUUGGUAUUUAAAACAAGAAUUAUUUGGUGAUUCAAUUACAUUUGUCAAAUUACAUCCUGAAAAGCCAUUAAAUGUUAUGAUUGGAUCUAACAGCGAGAUUCAAAUUAUUGAUUUAUCUUCGAAAAUAGUAAGGGGUCCAACACAAUUAGGAAACGAUAUCGGGAUGACUUUAGUCACUGAUGGAAGCACAGCUAAGAUCACUCCACUUUCAAUAGCCAACGUGCCACCACCAAUCAGUUUCAGAGAAUUAGAUAUCCCAGGCAAUAUCACUGAUUUGGCAAUCAGUAAAUCCAAUGAGAAGUAUGCUAUCAUCUCCAGUGAAAAUGACGUUUAUUUCAGUCAAUUAUCCAUUGCAGACAUGAAAAAGGGAAAACACCCUCAAAUUAUAAGUAAAAUUUCCAGUGAGACAUAUAUUCAUUCAUCACAUGAAGUUGCAAAACAAGUUGCAUUUAUCCAAGAUUCUUUCGUAGCAAUUGCCGUAGAUGCACCAAUGUAUUCCCGAGUCGUAUUGUUUGAUAUUGAAGAUAUUACCAAACCUUCAAUGAAUGAAUCAAUUGACGUUGCGCCUAAGGUAAUCUUAUUGAAGAGUAGGUCUGAUUUUGAAACUGUGAUCAUCGAGACUGUUGAUGGGAAAGUUGUUCAAUUGGAUUCAAGAUCGGAUAUUACUGAAGUAGCUAGAUUUCCUCAGUUAUGUCGUGAAUUAGAAGUGACUAUUUCUGAAGAGGGCGAAAUGAAAGCAUUUGGUAUUUCUAGAAAUGGGAAGUUGUUUUCUGGCGAUGUUCAGGUUGCUAAUGGAGUGACAUCUAUUGCUAUUAGUGAAUCACAUUUGAUGUUUACUUCUGUAUCUUCAAAAUUGUGUUUUAUUCAUUUGAAUUCAACAGAAGAGAAUUAUGAAGUCUUCCAGAAUCUAUCUAAUGAGAAUAUUGUCGAUGAAAGAAUUAGACAGAUUGAAAGAGGUUCAAUUAUUGUCAAUACUAUGCCUACAAAAUAUUCGGUGGUGUUGGAGGCUCCUCGUGGGAAUUUAGAAACUAUUUGUCCUCGAAUUAUGGUUCUUUCUGCAAUUAGAAAAUUCAUUAAGCUGAAAAAUUAUCAUGAUGCAUUUGUUACUUGUCGUACUCAUAGAAUAGAUUUAGAUAUUUUACAUGAUUAUGAUCCAGAAUUGUUUUUUAAUAAUCUUGAAUUGUUUGUUAAACAAAUUAACAAGGUUGAGUAUUUAGAUUUGUUUGUUUCUUGCUUACAUGAAGAAGAUGCCACAUUGACUAAGUAUAAGGAUACAAUUGCCGAUGGGGUAGCACAAAUGGCGAUCCAAGAUCAACAACAGCAACCAGAGGAUCAUGCACUCAGUGUGAAGAAAAUCAUCAAGAAUAAACCCGAAGAACACGUUAAGGAAUUCAAAGAUUCUAAAAUCAAUAGAAUUUGUGAAGGUAUUUUGUCUGUAUUAUUAAAACCAGAAUAUUUUGACAAAUAUUUGCAAACAAUUCUUACUGCAUAUGCAUGUGAGAAACCACCCAAUUUGAAAGAAGCAUUAGUUUUGAUUGGAAAUAUGCCCGAUCGUGAACAAGUGGAAUCUGCCGUUACUCAUUUAUGUUUCUUACAAGAUGUAAACAAAUUAUACAAGACUUGCUUGGGGUUAUAUGAUGUUAAGCUAACUUUGGCAAUUGCUCAACAAUCUCCACAAAUGGAUCCAAAAGAAUAUUUACCAUUCUUACAAAAUUUACAUAUCCAACCAGAAUUAAAUAAGAAGUUCUUGAUUGAUGAUUAUUUGAAGAAUUAUGAAUUGGCUUUACAAUGGUUAUUUGAACAAGGCGAAGAAGUAUAUGACAAAUUUGAUGAAUAUGUCGUUUUGCAUGAGUUGUAUAAACCAGCAUUAAAGAUUUACAAUUAUGAUAAACGCAGACAUAAUGAUAUAUUGAAAUUGUUUGGAGAAUACUUGCAAACUAAACAAGAAUACUCCGAAGCUGGAUUGAUUUUUGAAUAUUUGUAUGAUUAUGAAACUGCAUUGGAGAAUUAUAUCUUGGCUAAGAAAUGGAAAUUGGCAUUAGCAUUGGUUGAAAAAGGCUCAGAUAAUUCUAAAUUAAUAGAUUCAGCUGAUAGAUUAGUGAAUUCUUUAGUUGCUGAUCAUAAAUACAGUGAUGCCGCUGAAAUUGAAUAUCAUUUCUUAGGACAUGUGGAUGAGGCAAUCAGAUUGUAUUGUAAGAAUUAUUGGUAUGAUCAUGCAGUCAUGUUAGCUUACAAGACCAAUAGUGCGGCCAUGAUUGAAUCAAUUGUGGAUGUUCAAUUAGGAGAAGGGUUUGGUACUAUUGCUGAAUUAUUAGCUGAUUGUAAGGGGCAAAUGAAUUCCCAAUUACGUAGACUUCGUGAAUUAAGGGCCAAAAAACAAGAAGAUCCUUAUUCAUUCUAUGGAAUUCCUAAUGAUAGUGAAUUGGACACUCCUGAUAAUGUUUCUGUUGCUGCUAGUGAAACUUCAACCACACCUUCUUUUUUCACGAGGUAUACUGGUAAGACCUCAGGUACUGCCAAGACGGGUGCCAGUAGAAGAACAACCAAGAAUAGAAAGAGAGAAGAGAGAAAGAGGGCUAAAGGUAGAAAGGGAACUAUUUACGAAGAAGAAUACCUUAUCAAAUCUGUUGGGAGAUUAUUGGAGAGAUUGGAUCAAACACAACCAGAUGCAACUAGAUUGAUUGAAGGGUUGAUAAGAAGACAAAUGAAGGAACAAGCAUAUCAAAUCCAAAAGAAUUGGAUGGAAUUGAUUGACUUUAUAAAAGACAAUAUUGAUGAAAUUCAUAAUAUGAGUGAAAAAGAUCGUGAAAGAAUUGAUGAUAAUGGAGAUGUUUAUUUGAUUGAUGAGAUUCCAAAACCAAAAGUUAAUGAAUUCCCUAAAUUUAAUAUUUUGGAUUAUUAA